UUUCCAAGAGCAACAAAAAAUGAAUAAAUCUUACGGGUUGGUGUCAUUUGAGGAUGUGGCUGUGGACUUCACCUGGGAAGAGUGGCAGGAACUGGAUGAUGCUCAGAGAACUUUGUACAUGGAUGUGAUGCUAGAGACCUAUAGCAACCUGGUGUUGUUGGGAUGCUACAUUACCAAACCCAAUGUGAUCUUCAAAUCAGAGCAAGAAGCAGAGGCAUGGAUGGUAGAAAACACCCCAAACCAGAACCUACAAGAUCUCCACAUAGUCAAUGACCAAAUUGAGAAAAGUCAAGAAAAUCACAGUAAAUACUUGUGGCAAGUUUUAAUCAUCGACAGCAAAACAUCAACUGAGGAGAGAGUUAAGUUGGAAAAAACAUUUAAUUUGAGCUCAAACUUUACUUCAAAUCUGAUUAUAAACAGUGAAAACUCUUCAGAAAUUAACAAUGAGAAGUUUAAUGUAUGUCAGUAUGCACUUCCUCCUAGAAAUCCUGAUAAGACACAUGUUAGAGAGACACCUGAUGAGCAAAAUAAAACUGGGAAAUCCCACACACAUUGUGAGCAUCUUAGUCAGAAUAACAAGAUUCAAGUUGUGCAGCACCCUUUUGAAUAUAGUAAACCAGGGAAACCCUUCAACACAGAGCCAAUAUUAUUGGCACAUAAGAAGCUUCAUUUGGGAGAAACUACCUGUAAAUAUAAUGAAUGUGGGAAAGCCUUUUGUAACUCAGCUCUCCUUGACCAAGAGAUAACUCAGGUAUCGAGGAAAACAUUUCAAUGUGAUGUACGUGGGAAAGUAUUCUAUACAAAGUCUGAACUCACUAAACAUCAGCAAAUUCACACAGCAGAAAAAUCCUACAAAUGUAAAGAAUGUGAUAAAACCUUCAUGAAGAAGUUAUCUCUUACAGUCCACAAAAGGGCACAUACAGGGGAGAAGCUUUAUACAUGUAAUGACUGUGGAAAAACUUUUCACCAGAACUCGCUCUUCAGAAGUCAUCAGAGAACUUACACAGUUGACAAACCAUAUGAAUGUAAUGAAUGUAGGAAAUCUUUUUCCCACAACUCACCCUAUGAAUGUAAUGAGUGCGGAAAAGCCUUUCCUCUGAAUUCAAUCCUUAGUAUACAUCAGAGAAUUCAUACAAGGGGGAAGCUGUAUGAAUGUAAUGAGUGUGGAAAAACCUUUCACGGGAAGUCAGACCUCAACAAGCAUCAGAGAACUCACACAGGGGAAAGGCCCUAUGAAUGUAAUAAGUGUGGAAAAACCUUUUACUAUAAGUCACACCUCAGCAGGCAUCAGAGAAUUCACACAGGUGAAAGGCCCUAUAAAUGCAAUGAGUGUGGAAAAACCUUUUACCAGAAGUCAAACCUUAACAUGCAUCAGGUAAUUCACACAAAGGAGAAGCCUUAUGAAUGUAAUGAGUGUGGAAAAGCCUUUCUCCUGAAGUCAAUCCUUAGUAUACAUAAGAGAAUUCAUACAGGGGAGAAGCCCUAUGAAUGUAAUGAGUGCGGAAAAGCCUUUCCUCUGAAUUCAAUCCUUAGUAUACAUCAGAGAACUCAUACAAGGGGGAAGCUGUAUGAAUGUAAUGAGUGUGGAAAAACCUUUCACGGGAAGUCAGACCUCAACAAGCAUCAGAGAACUCACACAGGGGAAAGGCCCUAUGAAUGUAAUAAGUGUGGAAAAACCUUUUACUAUAAGUCACACCUCAGCAGGCAUCAGAGAAUUCACACAGGUGAAAGGCCCUAUAAAUGCAAUGAGUGUGGAAAAACCUUUCACCAGAAGUCAAACCUUAGCAUGCAUCAGGUAAUUCACACAAAGGAGAAGCCUUAUGAAUGUAAUGAGUGUGGAAAAACCUUUCUCCUGAAGUCAAUCCUUAGUAUACAUCAGAGAAUUCAUACAGGGGAGAAGCCCUAUGAAUGUAAUGAGUGCGGAAAAACCUUUCACCAGAAGUCAAUCCUCAUUACACAUCAGAGAAUCCAUACAGGGGAGAAGCCCUAUGAAUGUAAUGAGUGUGGAAAAGCCUUUCACCAGAAGUCAAUCCUCAGUACACAUCAGAGAAUCCACACAGGUGAGAAACCAUAUGACUGUAAGGAACGUGGUAAAUCUUUCUUCUACAAAUCACACCUCAAUAGACAUAACAGAAUUCACACUGAAGAAAGUCCCUAUGAAUGUAAUGAGUGUGGAAUAACCUUUCACCAGAAAUCAGACAUCAGGAAGCAUCAGAGAAUUCACACAGGGGAAGAAAGGCCAUAUAAAUGUAGUGAGUGUGGAAAAACCUUUUACUAUAAGUCACACCUCAGCAGGCAUCAGAGAAUUCACACAGGUGAAAGGCCCUAUAAAUUCAAUGAGUGUGGAAAAACCUUUUACCAGAAGUCAAACCUUAGCAUGCAUCAGGCAAUUCACACAAAGGAGAAGCCCUAUGAAUGAAAUGAGUGUGGAAAAACCUUUCUCCUGAAGUCAGUCCUUAGUAGACAUCAGAGAAUCCAUACAGGGGAGAAGCCCUAUGAAUGUAAUGAGUGUGGAAAAGCCUUUCACCAGAAGUCAAUCCUCAGUGCACAUCAGAGAAUCCACACAUGUGAGAAACCAUAUGACUGUAAGGAAUUAAGUAAAUCUUUCUUCUACAAAUCACACCUCAAUAGACAUAACAGAAUUCACACUGAAGAAAGUCCCUAUGAAUGUAACGAGUGUGGGAAUACCUUUCCCUGUAAGUCAAACCUCCAUGCACAUCAGAGAACUCACACACGUGAGAAAUCGUAUGAAUGUAAGGAAUGUAGAAAAUCUUUCUUCCAUAAAUCACACCUCAAUAGAAAUAAGAAAAUUCACAGAUAA